AUGGGCCAGUCUUUGUCGACCUCGCUGCCAGGUCAACAGGCGAUUCCUGGAACCUAUGACUUUAGCAACGAAAGCCAAAGCGUGUUCUCCGACCUUCGCAAUGUCAAUAUCCAAGGCGGCACCUUCAACCACGCUGGACGGGAUUUAAAUGUGAUAAUCAACAACUAUCACUCAUCUGCCUCUACAGCCGACGCUCGUCUUGCAAAGCUACGCAGCAGACUUGCGCCCAAUGUCAAUUUCAGAACCAUUCACUCCGAUGUUCGAAAACGACGAACGGCGGGAACGGGAAUGUGGCUCCUUGAAAGUCGCCUCUAUCGCGAAUGGAAGAAGAGCAAGGGCGGCAUCAUCUGGUGGAUGGCCAUUCCGGGCGCCGGCAAGACCGUGAUGGCCUCAGCCAUUGUGGAUGACCUCCUGCCCUUGGAAAAUGAUCCUGAGCGGACUUGCGUGCUUUUCGUGUACAGUCGCUACAAUGAACCUCUGGCCAUCACCGACAUCCUCAAGGCCCUCGUCAAGCAAUGCAUCGAACGCAAUACCGAUCUGGCUGCCAUUGUCGAGUCAUUCUACGAUCAGUACACCUUGGAAGAGACUGAGCCAUCCGUCGACGAGCUGGUGAUAUUGUUACAGACCCUCGAGUGUCACUUUGAUCGAGUGUACUAUGUCAUCGACGGUGUGGAUGAAGCGCUGGUGGAUGUCCAGUUCGAUCUCAUUCAGGUCAUCAACAAGCUACAAGGAAAUAUUAUCUUGACCUCGCGACCAUUGGAUGAAUUGAGCGAAGAUCUCAAGCACGCAGUGUUCUGCAAGAUUACGGCUCAUGAUCGGGACAUCGGGCUCCUGAUGGAAGAGAAGUUGCAGCGAUACAAAGCACUCCGUCGGAUUCUGGACAAGAAUAAUUGCCGGGAAGAGGUGUUGAAAUCUAUCGCGGAAAAAGCCCAGGGAAUGUUUCUGCAUGCUGCCCUUCAGUUGGAUGCCAUACAGGAUUGCACGACUCUUGCGAGCAUUCGCGCGACCCUGUCGCAGUUUCCGGCUGGUUUACAUGGCAUGUACUCAGCCAGUAUGGAGAGGAUUGAACUCCAAACGCCCCAACUUCGCGACCUUGCCAAGCAAGUCCUCCUAUGGCUUGUGUUCUCCCGCGGUCCUCUCUCCAUCGACGAUUUGCGGUACGCGCUAGCGGCGGACCCAGAAACGCAUGCCUAUAUUCCCGAACGAAUGUCAGACGAGGCGACCAUUGUUUCAGUCUGUUGUGGGUUGGUUGAAGUUCAAGAGACAAGCAACACGGUCCGCCUCAUUCCCAAGGAUGCACUCGUUCCCCUGCUCCUCAGGGACUACCCGACUCCUCAUCUCACCAUCAGCAAGGUCCUCAUUCAGCGCCUUCUCUCUAGCGGCAUUGUCGACUCGGAAUUCACGGUGGUUGAAGAGCUUCAUGACGCCUGGAAGCAGCAUCUUCUUCUUCGAUACGCCCAAGAGAACCUGGGCUCUCACAUCCGUGAAUGCCCAUUAUUCGAGGUUUCCGACGCCGUUGUCGACUUUCUGUCCCACUGCACGGCGUAUCCCGUCGAGAUCAGUCCAGGGGGAUUCGAUAUCCUGGCACCCCCUCACGUCGCGACCUACUACAACCUCAAAGGCUAUCUCAAAGGGGUUUCCAGCAGUGAUCAAGGGCUUGAUCUACGGACAAGGUGUUUGGGCCGAACUAUGCUACACAUCGCGGCCUGGGUCGGGGAUGAGCAAACGGCGGAAGAGGUGCUCACUGCGUCCCACGUCGACGUCAAUGCUGCAGACAGUCAGGGGUGGACGGCACUGAUGCUGGCUUCGCGUAACGGCCACGUCCGCGUCGCUGCGAGGCUGCUUCGGGCCCCAGGGAUCCGAGUCGAUGUCGCUAGGCCGCACGGCUGGACAGCAGCCACGAUGGCUUCGCUCAAUGGCCGUAGCGCUAUCAUCGAAGAACUCCUCCAGGUCCCGGGAAUCGACUUCAACGCGCCAGGGCCUGAAGGAUGGACAGCACUUAUGUUGGCCGUGGCGGGCGGUGAUGAGAGGACUGUGGAGAAUAUCCUCCAAUUCCCGGGAAUCGAUGUCAACGCCGUGAACGACGAUGGGGUGACAGCGCUGAUGUACGCCUUGAGCUUGGGUCGCAAUGCCCUCGCUACCAGAAUUUUGAAGGUGCCCGGGCUCGAUGUGAAUGCUGCAGCCAAGAACGGGUAUUCGACAUUGACGCUCGCCUCAGAGUGCGGUAGCGAUGAAAUUGUGUCUGCGUUGCUCCAGUUUCCGGGGAUCCAGGUCAAUUCAGCCGAUGAGCAUGGAUGGACCGCACUCCUCAGUGCCUCGAUUAAAGGACACGAUGGUGCCGUCGAUGCAUUACUCAAGGUACCGGGGAUCGAUGUCAAUGCCGUCAACAGCGAUGGGCAGACAGCAUUGAUGGUGGCCUCGUACCAGGGGCACGUCCGAAUUGUCGAAAGGCUCCUCCAGCAUCCGGGCAUUCAAGUCGAGAUGGCUGAUCACCUUGGGCGGACGGCGCUAAUGUGGGCGUCGAUGCAAGGUCAUGCUGUUAUCGCCGACAGACUCCUCCAGGUCCCGGGAAUUAAAGUCAAUGCGACCACCAACGAUGGGUGGACGGCACUAAUGUUCGCUUCGGACCAGGGCCAUGACACCGUUGUCACCAAACUCCUUCAGUCCCCAGGGAUCCUCGCCAAUGCAACCGAAAAGGAGGGAUGGACAGCGUUGAUGUUCGCCUCGUCCAAUGGCCAUGACACGGUUGUUGACAAGCUCUUGCGGGUCCCAGGUAUCCUCGCCAACACCAGCACUCAAGAUGGACGGACGGCAUUGAUGUUGGCCUCAAGCGACGGCCAUGACGGUAUUGUUGACAGGCUGCUUCGGAUUCCGGGAGUUGAUGUUAAUGCAGUCGACGAGGACGGAUGGACUGCGUUAAUCAUUGCGAGGCGACUUUUGCGCUUUCCCGGCAUCGACCCUCACCUCCGCGACGGACACAACUCGACGGCGCUUACCUUGGCAUCAGAAGGCGACCACAGGGAGAUUGGAUGGGGAUACUUCACUGAUUAUGGGGUCGAGAGAGGGCCAUGA